CGAGAAAGCUGCAGCCACUCAUUUUGGAGGAGGAAAAGAAAAAAAUCUCUCUUCUUCCAUCUCUCACCGAACUCGGUUCUCCGAAACUACUCGACAUCUUCUCCGGCCGGCCAUCAACCUCGGCGCCGUCGACAGACACGUCUAUCCCCGACCUUCUCGAUCAUCUACCAAACUAUAGAGUAACCCGCUUCACUGACUGCCGCGGGUUAUUGACGCCAGCGCCAAAGGAAACCUAAAGACUCCGCCAUUUUGAAUCGAAAUCUCCGUCGACCUCCAUAGCUGUUCUCCUGCCUCCUUAUAAUGGUAAUAUAUCCAUCUCCGAGUCCCGAUCACCUCUUAACAGCAUCUGAUUUGGUCAGAUCAAUACCGGUUGCCACUUUUUAAGUUCCUAUGUUAACUUUUCGAUUUGUUUCACCAGACCCAAAAUGGGUUAGUGAGUUCGAGUUGUUGGGGGAAGUAGGAAACUAGAAGGUGAAGUCGGAGAAGUCUCUUCGCUUUUGCUGUCGCAAGUAGGAGGAAACUAGAAGCGGAAGCUGUAGAGCCAAAGAACGAGAAAUCAGGGUUCUUCCCUUCUUUCUUUGGGGAAGCUUCUCUCGAAUGCGAACCUUCUCCAUCUCAAUUGGUUGACCUGGUACUAGUGGAGGAUUUUGCCUUACCGAGUUAUGGCAUUCACUGGUUCGAAUCAUCCAUCUGGAGGACAACCCCAUCCAGGGAGCUGCAAUGAUGCUCUAUACAAGGAGCUCUGGCACGCAUGUGCUGGACCUCUUGUUAGCCUUCCGAAGGAAGGGGAGAGAGUGUACUAUUUCCCACAAGGUCACAUGGAACAGCUUGAAGCUUCAAUGCAGCAAGGUUUAGAGCAUCAAAUGCCCAUGUUCAAUCUGCCGUCUAAGAUUCUGUGUAAAGUUGUUAAUGUGCAUCGCAAGGCUGAACCUGAAACUGAUGAAGUAUAUGCUCAAAUUACUCUGCUUCCAGAGCCAGAUGUGAGAUCUCUUUCCCUAUUGGAAAAAGGUUCAAGCUCGUUUUCAUGUAUUGUUUCUAUCUUUUCUCAGCUCACCUCCUAUUUCUUCAUGAAUCAGCAAAGUGAGAUUACUAGCCUUGAUACUCCCCCACCUGAACCUGAGAGAUGCACAGUCCACUCCUUUUGCAAGACACUUACAGCUUCUGAUACUAGUACCCAUGGAGGGUUUUCAGUUCUUCGAAGGCAUGCAGAUGAUUGUCUACCUCCACUGGAUAUGUCCCAGCAGCCCCCUUGGCAGGAAUUGGUUGCCACAGAUCUCCAUGGCAAUGAAUGGCAUUUCCGUCACAUUUUUCGAGGUCAACCCAGGCGCCACUUGCUAACCACUGGAUGGAGUGUAUUUGUUAGCUCGAAAAAGUUAGUGGCAGGCGAUGCCUUCAUCUUCUUGAGGGGGGAAAGUGGAGAGCUUCGUGUUGGAGUUAGGAGGCAUAUGAGACAACAGACAAACAUGCCAUCUUCUGUCAUAUCAAGCCAAAGUAUGCAUCUAGGUGUUCUUGCGACGGCUUCUCAUGCGAUUGCAACUGGAACUCUUUUUUCUGUCUUCUACAAGCCAAGGACAAGUCGGUCCGAGUUCAUUGUAAGUGUUAACAAAUACCUUGAAGCUCGAAACCACAAGCUAUCUGUUGGAAUGAGGUUUAAGAUGAGAUUUGAGGGCGAGGAAGUUCCAGAGCGAAGGUUCAGUGGCACAAUUGUUGGUGUUGGUGAAAACUUAUCAUCAGGGUGGACUGAUUCUGAAUGGAGAUCUUUUAAGGUCCAAUGGGAUGAGCCAGCUUCAAUUUGGCGACCAGAUCUAGUAUCUUCUUGGGAACUGGAGCCACUUGUUGCAACUGCUCCUUCAAACUCUCAACCAAUGCAUAGGACUAACAAGCGGUCACGGCCAUCCAUUUUGCCUUCACCGAGUCCUGACCUUAAUGCCCUUGGCAUGUGGAAAGCACCUGUUGAGCCCUCCAGUCAUUCGCAUCUUGAUUCACAACGAGGAUCCCUAUAUCAUUCACCCACUUAUCCUGUUAAAACAAUGGCAAACUCAGCUGGCUUCAGUGGGAAUAGUCCAUUAUCUGCUGUUACCACCACUUCGUCAAUGUAUUGGCCUAAACAGGUGGAGGGUGUUACAGAGUCUCUUUCCCCAGCCGUUAACAGAAUUUCUGGCGACAUGAAGCAAGGCUCAGGGAAUGGCUACAGGUUGUUUGGCAUUCAGCUGGUUGAUAACUGCAAUAGGGAGGAAACAUCACCAGUUGGUGCUGUUUCAAAACCAGGACAGGCCGAUUGCCCAAUUCUGUCACUAGAUGCCGAGUCUGACCAACAGUCUGAGCCAUCAAAUUUCAAUAGAUCUGAAAUCCCUUCAGUAAGUUGUGAUCCUGAGAAAUCAAGUUUACGAUCUCCCAUGGAGUCACAUAGCAGACAGGUCAGGAGCUGCAAAAAGGUUCACAUGCAGGGGAUUGCUGUUGGAAGAGCUGUAGAUUUGACACAAUUUGAGUGCUAUGAUGACUUGUUAAGGAAGCUGGAGGAUAUGUUUGAUAUUGAAGGUGAGCUUAGCGGCUGCAACACAAAGAAAUGGCAGGUUGUCUACACAGAUGAUGAAGAUGACAUGAUGAUGGUUGGAGAUGAUCCAUGGCACGAGUUCUGUAGCAUGGUGAAGAAGAUAUUCAUCUACACAACAGAGGAAGUUAAGAAGCUGUCAUCUAAGACAAAACUGCCGGCCAUGGAAGAGGUCAAAACAACCAGUGCCGAUGUUGACGUGGAUGCAUCAGCUCAUAUGGAGGAUCAGUCAUCCAUUAUUGGGUCCGAAAGCUGAACUGCUCCCAAAAUGUUUAAACGGUAAGUGGGUCGAAGAGAGGGUUACUUAAUGGUUGGGAGGUGGCAUUUGUAACUGGGUAGCCAUUCAACGAGUGAGUUGUCUGUGGAUUAUAGCUGUUGGGGCUUUCUAUUUUGUUUCACCCUCAGUUUUUUGUUGCCGUCAUGGUAAAGGUUAGAGUGUGUUGGUUCUUGCCUGUUCAAGUUCAAGAAGGGCUGAACAGCAGCUUCUCCAUACGCGACCCUAUCCCAUUCUGUGAAUGAAAGAAUACUCGUAUCCGAUUUGCAUUUGUUCUGUUUCUGAAACAAUGGCAGCUGGUGCCCUUGUGUAUCCCUCUGUUGGGUGGACUUUGUUUUAAUUGUGUGAUGAAAAAACUUUUCGAUGUUCUAAUUCUUCCCUGUGUAUAACUCCAGGCUCAAUGGUGGCGUGUUGGAGAAGAGCUCAGGUCCUUGAUGUAUUAGGCCAUUCGAUGGUGAGUUGCCCGCCUCAUCGUUGAUUGGAGCCACCUCCGGUAUUUGUUUCGGCUUCCUUCCUUCCUCUCUUGUGGCUAGAAGAAUGAAGGCAAGAUAUUUUCCAAACACUGAUAUCUUGGAGAGUAAUUGGAAGCCAAGUUACGAUGGAGGGUGGGAGAUUGGUCACAAAUCAUUGAAUGAGGGUCUAGGAGGAUAAUUGGAUUUUUGACAAGCUUGAUUUUCGCCUUGAUCCCAACCCAACUCGGGGUGACCCUAAUGCUUUGGUUUCAAGUUUCAUUGACAAGAACUCUUGCUCAUGGAAUCUAUCGUCCUAAAUAAGGUUUUUCGCAGAAGUCUGCUAAGCUGUAAUGCAAAACCUCUCUUAGUAAUCCUCUAAGAGGAUGAACGUAUCAGGGGCCUACUCCUAAAAACGAUGUAGAAUUCUAAGAUAUCAACUAAGGUGA